UCGUCCCGGGGCGCGCGGGGCCUCGCCGCCGUCCCCGCCGUCGGCGCGUCUUUGGGGAGGACGCGGCAUCCUUGGGGGGGUGGGGACCUCGUCCCCUCCGGCCCGGCGCCCAAACAAACCCACGGCCGCCCGCGCGGGCGGACGUGUUUACACAGCCGGCGCCGCCCGGCGGGUUAGAAGCUGGGCAGGAAGUGGGGAGCGGGGGCGGAGGGGGGCGCGGUCCUCAGGACGUAAACAACCACGCGCGCUCCAACCCUCUGCGCCGCAGGCACGGCCGGCCGCGUGGGCGCGCUGAUGGUGUCCAAAGGGGAAACUGAGGACGUCACGAGCCCAUCAGCCCCGCCCCUCGUCGCCGCGCCGCCCGCGACUACAAGUCCCAUCCUGCCUCGCGCUGACGCUGACGACGCCACAGCAAGAUGGCCGACGCUGCGUCCACACCCGGGGCCAGCGGCUCUGGAACGAGAUCCGGAAGUAAACAGUCCACUAACCCUGCCGAUAACUACUACCUGGCCCGGAGGAGAACCUUGCAAGUGGUGGUGAGCUCCUUGCUGACAGAGGCAGGAUUUGAGAGCGCCGAGAAAGCGUCAGUGGAAACACUGACCGAGAUGCUGCAGAGCUACAUUUCAGAAAUCGGGAGGAGCGCCAAGUCGUACUGCGAGCACACAGCCAGGACCCAGCCCACGCUGUCGGAUAUCGUGGUCACACUGGUGGAGAUGGGUUUCAACGUGGACACUCUCCCUGCAUAUGCAAAACGGUCUCAGAGGAUGGUCAUCACUGCCCCUCCAGUGACCAAUCAGCCAGUGACCCCCAAGGCCCUCACGGCGGGACAGAACCGACCCCACCCGCCGCACAUCCCCAGCCACUUCCCAGAGUUCCCUGACCCUCACACCUACAUCAAAACCCCGACAUACCGGGAGCCCGUAUCCGACUACCAGGUUCUGCGGGAGAAGGCCGCGUCCCAGAGGCGCGACGUGGAGCGGGCGCUCACCCGCUUCAUGGCCAAGACAGGCGAGACGCAGAGCCUUUUCAAAGACGACGUCAGCACCUUCCCAUUGAUUGCCGCCCGGCCCUUCACCAUCCCCUACCUGACGGCCCUGCUGCCCUCGGAGCUGGAGAUGCAGCAGAUGGAGGAGACAGACUCCUCGGAGCAGGACGAGCAGCCGGACACAGAGAACCUGGCCCUGCACAUGAGCACGCAGGCUCUCCCAGUUGGCCUCGAUAGCUGUGAAACAGGAGUCUGUGACCUUCUUGCCGUGGAACCCUUGGUGUCACCAGGGGGCACCGCUCACCCGGCUCCCAGGCCCCAAGCCUGCGCGCCUCUCGGUCAGAUGUUCAGGGAUGAGUCUGGGGCAGAGAAGGAGAACACUUCCGUCCUGCAGCAGAACCCCUCCUUGGCAGGCACCCGGAAUGGGGAGGACACCAUCAUCGACAACCCCUACUUGCGCCCUGUGAAGAAACCCAAGAUCCGCAGGAAGAAGUCCCUGUCCUGAGCUGACGAGGAAGCUGGCUGGCAGAGGGAUGUACGCCACCCUCGCAGGAGAGUUGAAGCCGCUGCAGGGAAGAAGCCGGUGCCCUCCUGGUGGCUGAGUGGAGGCAGGAUGGGAUCGGGCAGGAUCUUAAUAGCAAACCUCACAUCAAGAUGCCGGUUUUCACUGGGGACCAAAAUUCUGGGUCGAGGAGGAAGCGAUGGGAAUAACAGGUCUUUCCUUAUCAGCUGGGCCCCCGUGCUGUGUCUUGGGGCCCAGUGACAGCUAGGGACAUCAUCUGUUAUCCCAGAACUGGAUUCCUUUGCAGCCUGAGGAGCGGGGACCGUGCAGGGAGGACAGAGUUCCUGGUCGCUUUGCCUUCCGCCCAGAAGUCUGCCUGCCCGGUGCGCUCAGGGCUCCGGGUCCCGCUCAUUGACUCACACACAGAUGCAGCACCACUGUGACAGCCCGGAACCUCAUCCUUGCUUCUCUCCCCUGAGCUGCAAGCGCCCUGUGGAGCUGCUGGAAAGUCCCUUGUGCCUUGUCGUGUUGGGCGCAGGAGGCCACACGUCAGAGCUUUGACCCGGCAGUGGCUGGAGUCAGGCGCCACAGGCAGAUGUGUUAAGCUGGGGACAGUGAUGGGGCAGGGCAGCGCUCCUCCCAGCAAGGACACCCUGAGAGGUUGUCACAUACCGUCCCUCCACAGAACGUGUGCUUGGGAACAGCCGAGACCCGCCCCUCCAGAGAGUUCCCUUAACACCAGCCUGGCAUGUUGGACGCCUUGUGCUGUGACUUGCAAAAGAAAGCAGCAGAAGAUUUAAAGAAGAGAAAGAGAAGUUACAGAGUCGGGCUGGCAUUUUGCAGGCUGGGCCUGACAGUGUGGGGGUUUUCUUUUGUUUUGUUUUUUGUCUCUUUGAGACAGGGUCUCA